AUGGCCGGUGAGUAUUCAACGGCCCCGAUGGCCAUCAUAGGCAUGGCCUGCCGCUUCUCUGGCGGCGCCACAAGCCCCGAGAAAUUGUGGGACAUGAUCGUACAACGGCGUUCCGGCUGGUCGGAGAUACCAACCUCACGGUUUAACGCAAAUGGCCUUUACCAUCCAAACGGCGAGCGUGUGGGGACGACCCACGUGCAAGGCGGUCACUUUCUCGAAGAUGAUAUUGCCUGCUUCGAUGCGGCCUUCUUCGGCAUGGCCUCAGAAACCGCUAGUGCUAUGGACCCGCAAUAUCGGAUGGAACUCGAGGUUGUCUACGAGGCUCUGGAGAGCGCGGGGAUUCCAAUGGAGUCCAUUAAAGGAACGAAUACUUCAGUAUAUGGGGGUGUGAUGUUUCGCGACUACCACGACACUCAUAGCCGUGACUUGGACACGCUACCUCGAUACUUUAUGACAGGCAAUGCUGCCACGAUGGCGUCGAACCGCAUUUCCCACUUUUAUGACCUUCGCGGGCCGAGCAUGACCGUUGAUACAGGUUGCUCCACAAGUCUGACGGCUCUGCACCUGGCUUGCCAGAAUUUGCGCAAUGGAGAAUCCAACAUGUCUAUCGUGACGGGAGCAAGUCUCAUGAUAAACCCCGACGUUUUCCUCAGCAUGUCCAAUAUCGGCUUUUUGUCGCCCGACGGUAUAUCGUAUGCCUUUGACAGCCGUGCCAACGGUUAUGGGAGAGGUGAAGGAGUGGGUGCCUUACUCGUUAAGCGAUUAGACGAUGCUCUGCGCGAUGGCGACUCCAUCCGCGCCAUCAUCCGCGAGACCGGGGUGAACCAGAACGGUAAGACCCCCAGCAUCACAGCCCCACAACAAGCCGCCCAGGAAGCCUUGAUCCGCCAGUGUUAUGAACGGGUCAACUUGGAUCCCGCACAGACUACAUACGUUGAGGCGCACGGAACCGGUACUCCAGCCGGCGAUCCGCUGGAGGUCGGCGCGCUGGCAGCCGCGUUGGGAGGCAGUCGAUCGGCGGAGCACCCGUUGUAUCUCGGCUCUAUCAAGGCCAAUAUUGGACACACUGAGGCUGCCAGUGGCGUGGCCAGCGUCAUAAAGGUGGCCCUAGCGCUGGAGAAGGGACAAAUUCCGCCGAAUACGCAACUGAAUACACCGAACAGUGAGCUGCGGUUAAAUAAUAGAAACAUGGAGGUUCCUGUAUCAACGCAAAGAUGGCCUGUGGGGAAGGGUCCCCGACGUGCCUCCGUCAACAAUUUCGGUUUUGGCGGUAGCAAUGCUCAUGCCAUUUUGGAAUCGCCCCCGGUAGAAAAUGGGGCUAAUCGAACGAAUGGGCAGCUAAAGAGCAAUGGUCCGGUGGUAAAUGGCAACAAAACCAACAUUUUCAAAAGGGAAACCCCAUGGGUGUUCCGCUUGAGUGCAAAGGAUGCCCAGGCUUGCCAGCAGAUGGCCGCCGACCUAAGUGCCUAUAUAGAGUCCCACCCACCAGUCGACGAGGAAGCCUUCCUGGACCGCCUUGCAUACACCCUGGGAUCGCGCCGUUCUGUCUUCCCAUGGACCGCAGCUGUGUCGGCCAGGUCUCUGGCAGAUCUAACACGGGCACUGGACGAUGAUGAGCGUUUGGUGCCGUCACGCGCAGCCCCCUGUUUACGAUUGGGAUGGGUAUUCACUGGCCAAGGGGCUCAGUGGUAUGCUAUGGGUCGUGAACUAAUUGCCACUUACCCGGUAUUUCGGUCAACCAUUUUGGAGUGCGACCGCUACAUGACGGAGAUGGGGUCGACGUGGACAUUAAUGGAGGAACUGCAUAGAGAGGAAUCCACUUCACAGGUCAACAACAUCAUCUACAGUCUGGGUCUGGCCACCGCCAUCCAGAUAGCCCUGGUGGAGCUGCUAUGGUCCUGGGGCAUCCAUCCCACGGCUGUGACAGGUCAUUCGAGCGCCCUGGACAUGAAGUCAGCCAUUGGCAUUGCUUACCUUCGUGGAGUGUUAGCUGAGAAGUUUGAUGACAAGAUUCUCGGCAAAGGGGGCAUGAUGGCCGUUGGGCUUGGACGUGAAACGGUUGAACAUUACCUUAGUCGCGUCACUGCGGGGUACUGCGUCGUGGCCUGCGUAAACAGCCAGUAUAGCCUUGAACAGUUGCUGCAGGAAGACCAAGUCUUCGCUCGGCGUCUCCGCGUCAAUGGGGCGUUCCACUGCGAGCAGAUGCGCCCUAUGGCUGACCUAUUCGAUUGGAGUCUACGCUACCUGCUCACCCCUCAUCCCGACUUCGGAUCAGUCCUGUUCUCCUCCCCCAAGACAGGCUCGCGCAUCCAAGACGGCACUGUACUAGCGACCUCGUCGCACUGGGUAGGAAAUAUGUUGCAGGCGGUUCUGUUCGAGAGCUCCUUCCGUCAUAUGUGUUUUGGUGAUCCAAGCCCAAAAGGCGCCAAAGACACCCAAGAUGUCGACCUAGUACUCGAGAUCGGGCCACAUGGAGCGUUAGGGGGUCCGAUUCAACAGCUCAUGACCCUCCCCGAAUUUGAGGGUAGUGGGAUCUCUUACCUGCCCACUCUGGUACGAAAGCAGGAUGCCGUCUUCGCCAUGCAGCGCCUAGCGAUUGAACUAACUCACAGAGGCUACCCCGUCGAUCUCAAUGCCGUCAACUUCCCUCACGGCCCGCCCUCUCUUUCCAUCUUGCACGACCUUCCAUCAUACCCAUGGAAUCAUAGCACGAGAUACUGGCUCGAACCCCGGCGAAACCGAGCCGACAGACAGCGGCAAGCGCCGCCCUCGGAUUUGGUAGGUUACUCUCAACCAAGCAUCACGCCGCUUGCACACACUUGGCGCCACAUUAUUCGCUUAACAGAUCUGCCCUGGCUGGGAGAUCACCGGGUGCAGUCGAGCAUUGUCUUCCCCGGUGCUGGCCUGAUUAGUAUGGCCAUAGAGGGCAUGCGGCAAGUGGCGGCGGGCCGCCAGCAAACUGUGUCCGCGUACGAGCUGCGCGACGUAGAUAUUGCCAAAGCCCUCACGGUGCCCGAGGCAGAUGAGGGAGUCGAAGUGCAAUUAAAUAUCCGCCCGUGUGAUGAGCAGAUACUGGGGACGAAGGACUGGCUGGCUUUCCAGAUCUUCUCCGUCUCUGGCGACAGCCGCUGGACGGAGCACUGCAGUGGACGAAUCUCAGUUAUCGCAACCUCUGACAGCACUCCUCUCCCGUCUGCCAUACCAUCACAGUCGGAGGACCUGUAUAACCGCCGCAUUGAUCCCCGCUAUAUGUGGGCAGCCAUGCGAUCCGUGGGCAUAUACCAUGGGCCUCUGUUUCAAAACAUCCACCAAGUACUGGCGAAGCCGUCCGCAUCUCGCACCAUUUUUGCUAUCGCGGAUACGGCUGCCGUCAUGCCGAAGAAGUACCAGACACCCCAUGUGCUGCAUCCCACCACGCUGGACUCGGUCUUCCAGGCUGCCUAUACACUUUUGCCUGAGUCUGGCGCGCGUCUGCCUUCCGCCAUGGUUCCCCGCCAUAUUCGGUCUGUCCGAGUGUCAGCGCAGAUCUCCAGUAGUCCAGCACAUGAGCUGGAGGCAUAUGCCACGCUGAAUCGGGAUUAUGACGCGCAGUCAUUCGAGACAUCCCUCACUGUGGUGGACGCCAAGGACGGGAACAGCCCGGUGCUCGAAGUGGAUGGCUUGACCUGUCAGUCACUUGGACGAGCCCUGGAUCGCGAGGCAGAUCCACACGAGAAUGAAAUCUGCAGCCGGUGGGAAUGGGCUCCAGAUAUUGGCACACUUGAUGCGGCCGCCUGCAAGGACCGGAUUCGCUGUGCGCCAGAGGCAGCGGAGAUAGAGACGAUGCGCGACCUCCGCCAAGCCACUAUUCUAUACAUCCUUGACAUUGUCUCCAGCCUGACGGUGGCUGAUGUUCAGCAGUUGCGGGGACAUCUUAAGAAAUUCUACGUGUGGAUGGUGGAGCAGCUGAAAAAAGCCAGUCGCAAUCAGUUCGCGCCCGACAGCGCCCAGUGGCGCGAUAUCAGCGCGGCGGACAAGGCAGCCCUGUACGAGAAGGUCGGUCGGACCAGUGUGAAUGGUGAGAUGCUCUGCCGAUUGGGUCCACUUGGAGCAUCUUUUCUACGGCAGGAAAUGGCUCCUUUAGAGGUAAUGUUGGAAAACCGGCUUUUAUUCCGCUACUACCUCGAGGCACUGAAAUGGGAUCGGUCGACACGCCAGGUAAGUGAGCUCGUCAGGCUCUGCACGCACAAGAAUCCCCGAGCCAAGAUUCUAGAAAUCGGAGCCGGCACAGGAGGCGGUACGCAGGUGAUCUUGGAGGCCCUGGGCAAAGAGAAUGGUUCCUCGACGGGCGCUCGAUUUGGCCGAUAUGACUUCACGGAUAUCUCUGCGGGCUUCUUCGAGGCUGCCAAAGAACGCUUCGAAGACUGGGCGGACUUGAUGAACUUCCAGAAGCUAGAUAUUGAACACGAUCCCGUGCUUCAUGCCACCAAGUCGAUGGAUCGUACUCUCACACACGUUCGCAAGCUUCUGAAGCCAGGGGGCAAAUUGAUUCUAAUGGAGACCACGCGCGACGAACUAGAUGUUUUCUUCGCAUUCGGCCUUUUGCCAGGAUGGUGGCUGAGCGAGGAAGAGGAACGUCGAACUACCCCAUCACUCACCCUGCCAUUCUGGAACCAGGUUCUAUCCCGUAACGGCUUCACCGGGUUGGACCUUGAGGUCCACGACUGCGACAGUGAGGAAUUCUACGCUUUCAGCACAAUUCUCUCCACCGCUCAAGCCCCUGCUUCAUCUAUAACAUCACCCGUGACUAUCGUCACUGGCACAUCGCCACCGCCGACAUCUUGGAUGAGCGAGCUUCAAACAGCCGUGGCAGCUCAUAUCGGAUGUCAGCCAGUAAUUGCGACGUUGGAGACAGUUACCCCCCAGGGUAAUAUCUGUAUCUUUCUCGGCGAGGCGUACGAGCCCCUGCUGGACCAUGUCAGUAACCCAGUCGAAUUUGACCGUAUCAUACAUCUGGCCACAAGAUGCAAGGGCCUCCUGUGGGUCACCCGCGGCGGGUCUUUGGACGUCGACAAACCGGCCAUGAGUCUGUCCCAAGGGUUACUGCGCACCCUGAAGUCAGAAUAUCAAGGCAAAUCCUUUAUUUCCUUGGACGUGGAUCCACGACGGUCUCCAUGGACUGCGGAAGUAGUCCAAGCCAUAUCCCAGAUUUUUCCCGCUUCGUUCAGUGAGACUACUGACCCUGCCACGCGUGAGUUCGAGUAUGCAGAGCGCGAUGGGGUCCUACACAUUCCCCGUACCGUGAAGGAUAUCCCCAUGAACAGAAACAUUUUCCCUGAGAGCGACACGACUGAGAAGACCAUCCAUUGCCGGUUCCGAGAUGCGGCUCGUCCCCUUCGCAUGAAGAUCGGGACCCCAGGGCUCAUCGACACCUUGGUCUUCCACGACGAUUUAGACGCAGAAUCCGACCCGUUGCCUGCAGACUGGAUUGAAUUCGACCCCACGGCUUUUGGUCUAAACUUCCGCGAUGUCAUGGUAGCAAUGGGCCAGUUGGAGGCCAAUGCCAUCAUGGGCUUCGAGUGCGCGGGCACCAUCGUCCGGCUGGGAGCCACUGCGGCAGCGAAGGGCUUUGCAGUUGGCGAUCGUGUAUGUACGCUACUCAGGGGCCACUGGGCGACGCGGCCUCGAGCACCCUGGACCAGCGUGAUGAGGAUCCCUCAACAUCUAAGUGACCAGGAGGCCGCCUCUUUUCCUACUGUCUUUGCUACCGCCUACAUUGCCCUGCACGAAACUGCCCGCCUCCAACGCGGCGAGUCGAUCCUCAUUCACGCUGCUACCGGAGGAGUCGGCCAGGCUGCGAUCCAGCUUGCCCAACUGAUCGGGGCAGAGAUCUACGCCACCGCGAGUACUCCGGCAAAGCGGCAAUUGCUCCAUGAGACGUAUGGUAUCCCAGAGAACAAUAUCUUCUCCAGUCGAGAUCCAUCAUUCGCCACCGAUGUACAUUUGCGAACCGACGGCCGAGGUGUUGACGUCGUAUUGAACUCCCUUGCAGGCCGUCUGUUACAGGAGAGCUUCAACUGUUUGGCGGAAUUCGGUCGCAUGGUAGAGAUCGGCAAGCGGGACCUCGAGCAACACAGCGGCUUAGACAUGUACCCGUUCACCCGGAACGUCUCUUUCUCGUCGGUGGACUUGCUGACAUGGCAGAGCCGGAGAGGCGCAGAUAUCUCUUGUGUCCUGCAAAACCUCUCGAAGCUACUGGGCGAGAAGAAGAUCAUGCCGGUCUAUCCCCUUACACUAUAUCCUAUCUCACAGAUCGAAAAAGCCUUCCGAACUAUGCAGACUGGCCAACACAUGGGCAAGAUCAUUAUCUCGGUCGGCGAACAGGAUACUGUGCCGGUGGUGGAGCGACCCCCACCUUUCUCUUUGCGAUCCGACGCAUCGUAUGUCAUUGUCGGCGGCCUUGGUGGUAUUGGACGCGUCCUGUGUGAAUGGAUGAUGGCCCGCGGGGCACGGCAUCUGAUCAUCAUAUCGCGGAAUGCUCGUCCUGGGCCUUUUGUGACUGAGCUUGAGCAACAAGGGUGUGAAGUUCGCACCCUCGCCUGUGACAUUGCGGCAGAGGAUCAGCUGGCGGCAGCACUGGCACAGUGUGCUGACAUGCCUCCUAUUAAAGGCGUCAUCCAGGGCGCUAUGGUGCUCAAAGAUACCAUUCUCGAGCAAAUGAAAGUCGGCGACUUCAAAGAGGCAGUACGCCCCAAAGCGCAGGGAAGCUGGAACCUGCACCAGCAGCUGGGCGACGUUGACUUCUUCAUCAUGCUUUCUUCCUUGAUGGGAGUUAUGGGAGCCGCCAGCCAAGCAAACUACGCCGCCGGUGGUGCCUUCCAGGAUGCCCUGGCCACGUACCGCCGCAACCGGGGUCUGCCCGCAGUGAGUCUGGACCUGGGAAUUGUCCGAUCAGUAGGGUUCGUGGCCCAGACCGAUGGCGUGCAAGAGCGUCUCGUCCAGAUGGGGGUUACCUCUCUGUCUGAAGAAACAGUUCUCCGGAUCCUCGAACAAGCCAUCACGCAUCCCACAGGUCCACCCCAGAUCAUCACCGGUAUUAACACCGCCCCAGGUAAACACUGGGAUGAGGCCUCCUGGAUCCAAGACCCGCGCUUUGCCGCUCUGAGAUAUCGCGACAGUACACAGGCUGGAUCUUCCCGUGCUACUACGGGGACGGCAAAACAGGGAAAGAUAAGGGAUCAGCUUGCAGAGAUCGCUUCCCCAGUGGAUGCUGCUGCGCUUAUCUGCCAGGAGCUGAUGCAGAAAUUAGCCAGCAUGUUUGGGUUGGUGGUCGAGGAGAUGUCUGCUGCUCAGGAUCUGUCUUCCUAUGGAGUGGACUCGCUGGUGGCGGUGGAACUGCGCAAUUGGCUUGUCGCGCAGGUGGGUGCUGAGGUUUCUAUCUUUGAUUUGAUGCAGAGUCCAUCUUUGGAGGACUUAUCCCUGCGGGUGGCAACGAAGCGGACGUAG